AUGCCAGGUGACUUGAUAGAAAGACUCAUUUUUGAGAUCGAAAAGCACCCAAUGAUAUAUGAUAAGUCCCUAGCCGAAUUCAAAGAUACUGAAAGGAAAGAAAGGGUAUGGAAGCAAAUUGGUGAUAAAGCUAAUUUAACAGUUGGACUUGCGAAGACGAAGUGGAAGAGUGUCCGCGACGCUAUUAGGAAAUAUUUAGAUGCCAUUCCCAUACCGAAAAGUGGUCAGGGCAGGACGAAACCCAAGAAGGAAUACAAGUAUGCAAAGAUGUUGGAGUUCCUGAGGCCACAUAUGGAGAACCGCAAGUCUUCUGGCAAUCUUAAGGACCUUGAUACAGAUACAAUUGAAGCAGGCGAUGAUAUUCCGAUUGAUAAUAGCAAUGCCGAAGACGAACUCGAGUUGGGUGAUGGAACCUCAUCGGAAUACAAUGACAAACAACCAGAAACAUUCGCUGCACCAAAACCCAGAUGCCAACAAAAGAAAAAUGCUUCAAAACCAGCAUCUGAGGUGGAUGACGCCAUAGUUUCUUACAUCAAAAGCAAGAAUGAAAAGAAGCCAAAACAACCGGAUGAGGAUGAAAAUAUUUCUGACUUUAUGAAAUCAAUGAUUGCGAGUAUCAAAACGUUUCCGCCACAAAUUAGAUCCAGCAUCAUGUUCAAAAUUCAUGGUUUAGUGCAUUAG